GGUGAUCUGGAUUCAAUAUUUCUAUUGAAAUCAACAAGUUGGAAUAUACCAACAAUUGAAGAAUUUCACAAGCAGUUCAAAGAUCACAUCGAAGUAGAUAUUCGACAACAACCAAACAACGAUGAAUCAUAUCGAUUAACAAUAUCGGGCAAAUGUGGUGAUCUUGACCAUUCGAACGACAACAAUCAACAAUACAAUGAUCGAAUAAAUAUUGGAAAUUGUGCUACAAGUCUCUGUCAACCACGUUCAAACUUAUCAUUUGAAGAUUUGAGUUAUUUGGAUUGCCGUGAUUUAUCUGAAUGA